AUGGAAUCGGAGGAGGAGCAGCACAUGACCACGCUGCUGUGCAUGGGCUUCUCGGACCCCGCCACCAUCCGCAAGGCCCUGCGCCUGGCCAAGAACGACAUCAACGAAGCCGUGGCGCUGCUCACCAACGAGCGGCCGGGCCUCGACUACGGCGGCUACGAGCCUAUGGACAGCGGGGGCGGCCCCAGCCCCGGGCCCGGCGGGGGCUCGCGGGGCGACGGCGGCGGCGGCGACGGCCCCUCCCGCGGCGGGAGCACCGGAGGCGGCGGCGGGUUCGACCCCCCGCCCGCGUACCACGAGGUGGUGGACGCAGAGAAGAAUGAUGAAAAUGGAAACUGCUCAGGGGAAGGAAUUGAAUUCCCUACAACAAAUUUAUAUGAACUGGAAAGCCGCGUUUUGACAGAUCACUGGUCCAUACCUUACAAGCGGGAAGAGUCACUAGGCAAAUGCCUGUUGGCAUCUACCUACCUAGCAAGACUUGGUCUUUCCGAGUCUGAUGAGAAUUGUAAAAGAUUUAUGGAUAGGUGUAUGCCUGAAGCAUUUAAAAAGCUCCUGACAUCAAGUGCUGUUCACAAGUGGGGUACUGAAAUUCAUGAAGGGAUCUACAACAUGUUGAUGCUAUUAAUAGAACUGGUUGCAGAGAGAAUAAAACAAGAUCCAAUUCCCACUGGUUUGUUGGCUGUGCUUACAAUGGCUUUCAAUCCUGAUAAUGAAUACCAUUUUAAAAACAGAAUGAAAGUGUCUCAAAGGAAUUGGGCAGAAGUAUUUGGAGAGGGAAAUAUGUUUGCUAUUUCACCUGUAUCUACUUUCCAAAAGGAACCUCAUGGAUGGGUUGUGGAUUUGGUAAAUAAGUUUGGAGAAUUAGGUGGAUUUGCAGCAAUCCAAGCCAAGCUCCAUUCAGAAGAUAUAGAACUUGCGGCCGUCUCAGCACUUGUGCAGCCCCUAGGGGUAUGUGCAGAGUACCUCAAUCCCUCAGUGGUGCAGCCCAUGCUAGACCCAGUCAUCCUUAAUACAAUCCAGGAUGUGCGGAGUGUGGAGGAAAAGGACCUCAAAGAUAAGAGAUUGGUUAGCAUCCCUGAGCUCUUGUCUGCCAUCAAGUUACUUUGCAUGCGCUUCCAACCAGAUCUGGUGACCGUUGUGGACGACCUUCGACUAGACAUCCUGCUGCGCAUGCUGAAAUCACCACAUUUCAGUGCCAAAAUGAAUUCCCUGAAAGAAGUAACCAAACUCAUAGAAGAUAGCACUUUAUCCAAGUCUGUGAAGAAUGCUAUAGAUACAGACAGAUUGUUAGAUUGGCUAGUUGAAAACUCAGUUCUGUCAAUCGCAUUGGAAGGCAACAUAGACCAAGCACAAUACUGUGAUCGUAUAAAGGGAAUUAUUGAACUCUUGGGCAGUAAAUUGUCAUUAGAUGAGCUCACUAAAAUUUGGAAGAUACAGUCAGGACAAUCAUCUACUGUGAUUGAGAACAUUCAUACUAUUAUUGCUGCAGCAGCUGUCAAGUUUAAUUCAGAUCAGCUUAAUCAUUUGUUUGUUCUUAUUCAGAAGAGCUGGGAGACUGAGAGUGAUAGAGUGAGACAGAAGCUAUUGAGCCUUAUCGGACGAAUAGGCCGGGAAGCUCGCUUUGAGACCACUUCUGGAAAGGUGUUGGAUGUGCUCUGGGAACUGGCUCAUCUCCCCACGCUGCCCAGUAGCCUUAUUCAGCAAGCUCUGGAGGAGCAUCUGACAAUCCUUAGUGAUGCAUAUGCAGUGAAAGAAGCAAUCAAGAGGAGCUACAUAAUUAAAUGCAUAGAAGAUAUUAAAAGGCCUGGAGAAUGGUCAGGUCUGGAUAAAAACAAGAAGGAUGGAUUCAAGUCAUCUCAGAUUAACAAUCCCCAGUUUGUAUGGGUGGUACCAGCUUUGCGUCAGCUACAUGAAAUCACCCGCUCGUUCAUAAAACAAACCUAUCAAAAGCAAGACAAGAGUAUUAUUCAAGACUUGAAGAAAAAUUUUGAAAUAGUAAAACUGGUAACAGGAAGCUUGAUAGCUUGUCAUCGGCUUGCAGCAGCCGUGGCUGGACCUGGAGGCUUAACUGGUUCAACACUAGUGGAUGGCCGAUAUACCUACCGGGAGUAUUUAGAGGCCCAUCUUAAAUUCCUGGCAUUUUUCUUGCAAGAAGCUACUCUGUAUUUGGGUUGGAAUCGUGCCAAGGAAAUCUGGGAGUGUCUUGUGACUGGCCAGGAUGUCUGUGAAUUAGAUAGAGAGAUGUGUUUUGAAUGGUUUACAAAGGGGCAACAUGAUCUUGAGAGUGAUGUUCAGCAGCAGCUCUUCAAGGAGAAAAUUCUUAAAUUGGAGUCAUAUGAAAUCACUAUGAAUGGUUUUAACUUAUUUAAGACUUUUUUUGAAAAUGUGAACCUGUGUGAUCAUCGAUUAAAAAGACAAGGAGCUCAGUUGUAUGUAGAAAAACUGGAAUUGAUAGGAAUGGAUUUCAUUUGGAAAAUAGCCAUGGAAUCACCUGAUGAAGAAAUUGCUAAUGAGGCUAUUCAGUUAAUUAUAAACUACAGUUACAUUAAUCUAAAUCCUAGGUUAAAGAAGGAUUCUGUAUCAUUACAUAAGAAAUUCAUUGCUGAUUGCUACACAAGAUUAGAAGCAGCCAGUUCAGCACUUGGUGGCCCCACUCUGACACAUGCUGUGACUAGAGCAACAAAAAUGCUGACAGCAACUGCCAUGCCAACUGUAGCCACAUCAGUCCAGUCUCCUUACAGAUCCACUAAACUUGUAAUAAUUGAGCGAUUACUGCUUCUGGCAGAACGUUACGUGAUCACUAUAGAGGAUUUUUACUCUGUUCCCCGAACUAUUCUACCUCAUGGUGCCUCAUUCCAUGGACAUCUUUUAACUCUUAACGUUACUUAUGAGUCUACCAAAGAUACCUUCACUGUAGAGGCUCACAGUAAUGAAACCAUAGGGAGUGUCCGGUGGAAGAUAGCCAAGCAGUUGUGCUCUCCAGUGGACAGUAUACAGAUAUUUACAAAUGACAGUCUGCUGACAGUGAAUAAAGAUCAAAAACUACUCCACCAGCUGGGCUUCUCCGAUGAACAAGUCCUCACAGUGAAGACUUCUGGCAGUGGGACACCAUCUGGGAGCUCCGCAGAUUCCUCAACCAGCUCCAGCAGCAGCAGCAGCGGGGUGUUCAGCUCAUCAUACGCCAUGGAACAGGAGAAAUCCCUCCCUGGUGUGGUGAUGGCACUUGUGUGUAAUGUAUUUGACAUGCUUUACCAGCUGGCCAAUCUAGAGGAGCCAAGGAUAACUCUACGAGUACGAAAGCUUCUGCUCUUGAUACCCACUGAUCCAGCCAUUCAGGAAGCCCUUGAUCAACUUGAUUCUUUAGGAAGAAAGAAAACGUUACUGUCUGAAGCAAGCUCUCAGUCUUCAAAGUCUCCGUCCCUGUCUUCUAAGCAGCAGCAUCAGCCAAGCGCCAGUUCAAUUUUAGAAAGUCUCUUUCGAUCUUUCGCUCCAGGAAUGUCCACCUUCAGAGUGCUCUACAACUUAGAAGUUCUAAGCUCCAAACUCAUGCCAACAGCCGAUGAUGACAUGGCAAGAAAUUGUGCAAAAUCGUUUUGUGAGAACUUCCUCAAAGCAGGAGGUUUGAGUUUGGUUGUAAAUGUCAUGCAGAGGGAUUCCAUCCCAUCAGAAGUAGACUAUGAAACGAGGCAGGGCGUUUAUUCCAUCUGUCUACAACUGGCAAGAUUUUUACUCGUGGGACAAACAUUGCCAACUUUAUUGGAUGAAGACCUCACCAAAGACGGCAUAGAAGCACUUUCUUCUCGCCCAUUCCGAAACGUCAGCCGGCAGACGAGCAGGCAGAUGUCCUUAUGUGGCACCCCAGAGAAGUCAUCCUACCGACAGCUGUCAGUGUCUGACCGGUCUUCCAUCAGAGUUGAGGAGAUCAUUCCUGCCGCACGAGUCGCAAUACAAACAAUGGAAGUCAGUGAUUUUACAUCUACCGUGGCUUGUUUCAUGCGACUGUCAUGGGCUGCAGCUGCAGGACGGCUUGACCUUGUUGGGAGUAGCCAACCAAUUAAAGAAAGUAAUUCUCUGUUUCCUGCUGGAAUUCGAAACAGACUCAGCAGUUCAGGAAGCAACUGCAGCUCCGGAAGUGAAGGGGACCCAGUGGCCUUGCAUGCGGGCAUCUGUGUACGACAACAGUCCGUGUCCACCAAAGACUCGCUGAUUGCCGGAGAGGCUUUGUCCCUUCUUGUCACCUGCCUGCAGCUUCGGAGCCAACAGCUGGCCUCUUUCUAUAACUUGCCUUGUGUUGCUGAUUUUAUCAUUGAUAUUCUGCUUGGAUCACCAAGUGCUGAGAUUCGCCGUGUUGCCUGCGAUCAGCUGUACACUCUGAGUCAGACAGAUACUUCAGCCCACCCAGAUGUGCAGAAGCCAAAUCAGUUUCUGCUGGGUGUGAUUCUCACUGCUCAGCUGCCUCUCUGGUCCCCAACCAGUAUCAUGCGAGGAGUCAAUCAGAGACUGUUAUCCCAGUGCAUGGAGUAUUUUGAUCUGAGGUGCCAACUAUUAGAUGACCUGACAACUUCAGAAAUGGAGCAGUUAAGAAUCAGCCCAGCUACCAUGCUUGAAGAUGAGAUUACCUGGCUGGAUAACUUUGAACCCAAUCGCACAGCUGAAUGUGAGACCAGUGAAGCAGACAACAUCUUACUGGCGGGACACUUACGGCUCAUCAAGACCCUUCUUUCACUCUGUGGGGCGGAAAAGGAAAUGCUGGGUUCAUCACUCAUUAAACCAUUGUUAGAUGACUUCCUUUUCCGAGCUUCUAGAAUUAUUUUAAAUAGUCAUUCUCCAGCUGGCAGUGCCGCCAUCAGUCAACAGGACUUUCAUCCAAAGUGUAGUACAGUGAAUAGCCGAUUGGCAGCCUACGAAGUCCUUGUCAUGCUGGCUGAUAGCUCACCGUCAAAUCUUCAAAUUAUUACAAAAGAACUACUUUCUAUGCAUCAUCAACCUGAUCCUGCUCUUACCAAGGAGUUUGAUUACCUUCCCCCUGUGGAUAGCAGGUCCAGCUCAGGGUUUGUGGGGCUGAGGAAUGGUGGUGCUACGUGUUACAUGAAUGCGGUCUUCCAGCAGCUAUAUAUGCAACCUGGUCUCCCAGAGUCAUUACUUUCAGUGGAUGAUGACACGGACAAUCCGGAUGAUAGUGUAUUCUACCAAGUGCAGUCUCUUUUUGGGCAUUUGAUGGAAAGCAAACUACAGUACUAUGUACCAGAGAACUUUUGGAAGAUUUUCAAGAUGUGGAACAAAGAACUUUAUGUGAGAGAACAGCAGGAUGCAUAUGAGUUCUUCACCAGUCUCAUCGAUCAGAUGGAUGAGUACCUCAAGAAAAUGGGGAGAGACCAAAUCUUUAAGAAUACUUUUCAGGGCAUCUAUUCUGAUCAGAAAAUCUGUAAAGACUGUCCUCACAGAUAUGAGCGUGAAGAAGCUUUCAUGGCUCUCAAUCUAGGAGUUACUUCCUGUCAGAGUUUGGAAAUUUCUUUGGACCAGUUUGUUAGAGGUGAAGUUCUCGAGGGAAGUAAUGCGUAUUACUGCGAAAAGUGUAAAGAAAAGAGAACAACAGUGAAAAGGACCUGUAUUAAAUCAUUACCUAGUGUCUUGGUCAUUCACCUGAUGAGAUUUGGAUUUGACUGGGAGAGUGGACGCUCCAUUAAAUAUGAUGAACAGAUAAGGUUUCCCUGGAUGCUAAACAUGGAGCCUUACACAGUUUCAGGAAUGGCUCGCCAAGAUUCAUCUUCUGAAGUUGGUGAAAACGGGCGAAGUACAGAUCAGGGAGGUGGAGGAUCUCCACGAAAAAAAGUAGCCCUCACAGAAAACUAUGAACUUGUUGGUGUCAUUGUACAUAGUGGGCAGGCACAUGCAGGCCACUACUAUUCCUUCAUCAAGGAUAGGCGGGGAUGUGGAAAAGGAAAGUGGUAUAAAUUUAAUGACACAGUUAUAGAAGAAUUUGACCUUAAUGAUGAGACCCUGGAGUAUGAAUGCUUUGGAGGAGAAUACAGACCAAAAGUUUAUGAUCAAACAAACCCCUACACUGAUGUACGCCGAAGAUACUGGAACGCAUACAUGCUUUUUUACCAAAGGGUGUCUGAUCAGAACUCCCCAGUGUUACCAAAGAAAAGCCGAGUCAGCGUUGUACGGCAGGAAGCCGAGGACCUCUCUCUGUCAGCACCAUCUUCACCAGAAAUUUCACCUCAGUCAUCUCCUCGGCCCCAUAGGCCUAACAAUGACCGACUGUCUAUUCUAACCAAGCUGGUGAAAAAAGGUGAGAAGAAAGGACUAUUUGUGGAGAAAAUGCCUGUUCGAAUAUACCAGAUGGUGAGAGACGAAAACCUCAAGUUUAUGAAGAAUAGAGAUGUGUACAGUAGUGAUUAUUUCAGUUUUGUUUUGUCUUUAGCAUCACUGAAUGCUACUAAAUUAAAGCAUCCAUACUAUCCUUGCAUGGCAAAGGUUAGCUUACAGCUUGCCAUUCAAUUCCUUUUUCAAACUUAUCUACGGACAAAGAAAAAACUCAGGGUCGACACUGAAGAAUGGAUUGCCACUAUUGAAGCAUUACUUUCAAAAAGUUUUGAUGCUUGUCAAUGGCUAGUUGAAUACUUUAUUAGUUCUGAAGGGCGAGAAUUGAUAAAGAUUUUCUUGUUGGAGUGCAAUGUGAGAGAAGUACGUGUUGCUGUGGCCACAAUCCUGGAGAAAACCCUAGACAGUGCCUUGUUGUAUCAGGAUAAGUUAAAGAGCCUUCAUCAGUUACUGGAGGUACUGCUUGCUCUGUUGGAUAAAGAUGUCCCCGAAAAUUGUAAAAACUGUGCUCAGUACUUUUUCCUGUUCAACACUUUUGUGCAAAAGCAAGGGAUUAAGGCCGGGGAUCUCCUUCUGAAGCAUUCUGCUCUGCGACACAUGAUCAGCUUCCUCCUCGGGGCCAGCCGGCAGAGCACCCAGAUACGUCGGUGGAGCUCUGCACAAGCACGAGAAUUUGGGAACCUUCACAAUACAGUGGCAUUGCUCGUCCUGCAUUCAGAUGUCUCUUCCCAGAGGAAUGUUGCUCCGGGUGUGUUUAAACAACGGCCGCCUAUUAGCAUUGCCCCCUCGAGCCCCCUGCUGCCCCUCCACGAGGAAGUCGAAGCCCUGUUGUUCUUGUCUGAAGGGAAACCUUACCUGUUAGAGGUAAUGUUUGCUCUGCGAGAGCUGACGGGCUCACUGCUGGCGCUCAUCGAGAUGGUGGUGUACUGCUGUUUCUGUAACGAGCAUUUCUCCUUCACCAUGCUGCAUUUCAUUAAGAACCAACUAGAAACAGCUCCACCCCAUGAGUUAAAGAAUACAUUCCAACUACUUCAUGAGAUACUGGUCAUCGAGGAUCCCAUACAAGUGGAACGAGUCAAGUUUGUGUUUGAGACAGAAAAUGGAUUACUAGCUCUGAUGCACCACAGCAAUCACGUGGACAGCAGUCGCUGCUACCAAUGUGUCAAAUUUCUUGUAACUCUUGCUCAAAAGUGUCCUGCUGCUAAAGAAUACUUCAAGGAGAAUUCCCAUCACUGGAGUUGGGCUGUGCAGUGGCUGCAGAAGAAGAUGUCAGAACAUUAUUGGACACCACAGAGUAACGUCUCUAAUGAAACGUCAACUGGAAAAACCUUUCAGCGAACAAUUUCAGCUCAGGACACGUUAGCAUACGCCACAGCGCUGCUGAACGAGAAGGAGCAGUCAGGGAGCAGUAACGGGUCGGAGAGCAGUCCUGCUAAUGAGAAUGGAGAGAGACACUUACAGCAGGGUUCUGAAUCACCCAUGAUGAUCGGCGAGUUAAGAAGUGACCUGGACGAUGUGGAUCCCUAG